CGUCGUUGUCUCGGUUCCUCGGCCAUUCCGCAGAUUGUCUGACUCGCUAUAUCUUUAUGGCGAGGUGACACGACUCGACUCAACUCAGCAACUCGACUGAACACUAUAUAUUCUCCCGCGCGGCCGGAGCAUGCUCACGGAACGACUCGACCAGUCCCAGUCUACGAUCUAUAUCUCUCUUACCAUGCCCAGCUCAGAGACCGUCCAGACAUUCCAGCUGUUUGCUUACGGCACUCUGAUGGUGCCCGCCAUCCUGCUCCGCGUGCUGGGGCGGAAGGGCGAGGACCUCAAGUUUCAGGACGCGAUCCUCCAUGGCUACACCCGCCACCACGUCAAGGACGCCGACUAUCCAGGCCUUAUCGGCAGCGAGAAGCUCGCGGAGCUCGGAGCUGACGCGGGCGACAAUGCGACGCGCGGCACACUCGUGUCGGGGCUCACUCCGAACGACAUGCGCCUCCUUGACGUGUUUGAGGGCGACGAGUACGAGCGCGUUACAGCCUCCGUGGCUGUCUUGUCUGAGGCGAAGGCUCUCUCCGACUUACCCGCAGAGCUAGUGAACGCGAGCCACCGCACGGCAAGCAAGGAGAUCCGCAACGUUACUGCACUCACGUACGCGUGGGCUGCGCCAGUGUCGCGUCUCGAGAAGGCUCAGUGGAGCUUUGACGAGUUCCUCCGCGACAAGGCCGCAGUUUGGGCUGGCACGGAAAGCGAAUUCGCCGAGGUAGAGGCGGCGCAGGAUGAGAUCGUUGGCGCCAAGGUCGACGGCUUCCCGGACUUUGGCCACAACAUGAAACAGUACUGGCCUUUUGCGAAAAGCUAUGUUAACAUGAACCAUGGCUCAUACGGCUCGCCUCCCCUUUGCGUCAUUGAGGCAAAAGAGAAACUAUCGCGGCAGAUGGACGCCCGCAUCGACACUUGGAUGCGUCGCCGUGUUGAACCGCUCUUUGACGCGAUCCGCGAAGAGGUCGCCCCGUUGCUCGGCACGGUGGGGGACAACGUUGUGCUUGUGCAAAACACGACGCAUGGUGUGAACACGAUCGCGUACAACCUCAAGUAUGAGCCGGGCGACAUCAUCGUCGUUUACGCUUCGACAUACAACGCUGUCUCACAGAUGAUGAAGCACGUGUGUGACACGCACGAGGGUGUGCGCAUCGAAGUCGUCAAUACGACGUUCCCGUGCGCCCACUCCGACAUCGUCGAGGCUACCGAAGCAGUGCUCAAGAAAUACAAUAAGCCAGUUAGCGCGCCGGGCGAUGGACCUGUGGUGCCCCAAGGAGUGGAGAAGGACGAGCGCGUGCGGGUCGUAGUCGUCGACAGCAUUGCGAGCCUUCCCGGCGUUGUGUACCCAUGGGAAGACGUGACUCGCCUCUGCCACAAGUAUGGCGCGCUGUCGCUCGUCGAUGGGGCUCACUCCAUCGGCCAGCACACCGUGGACGUUACGAAGGCUGAUCCCGACUUCUUCGUUUCCAACCUACACAAGUGGCUCUUCACCCACCGCGCCAGCGCCAUCAUGUAUGUGGCGCCGCGUAACCAGGCCCUCAUCCGCACCACGUUCCCUACGGGUCACUACUACGAGUCGGACAAGUACCCGACGACGGGCUAUUCCCAUCCGUGGGCCUUUGCGAAGCAGUUCGGCUGGUCCGGCACUGGCGACUUCACGCCAUACCUCACUGUGCCUGUGGCGCUUAAGUUCCGCCGCGAGAUCGGCGGCGAGGAGCGUAUCAUGGCGUACAACCACUCGAUGGCUGUCGCCGGAGGCAAGCGUCUUGCGAAGCGCUGGUCGACCUCGAUUAUCGAGAACGAGCGCGGCGAGCUCACCGCCUGCAUGGCAAACGUUGAGCUACCGAUUGCAGUGCCCAAGGAUAUUUCCGAGCAAAUCGAGCUGCAGAGAUACAUGGAGGACACCAUGCUGGAGGCGGACACCUUUGCCUCGACGUUUGUGCACAACGGCAAGUGGUUUGGCCGUUUCUCAGCGCAGGUGUGGACUGAGCUGUCCGACUUUGACUAUGUCGGCGAUGUGUAUGACAAGAUUGCCGAGGGAGUGCGCCGCGGUGAGCACCUCCAAGAGCGGUCG